GGUUAAGCAAGCAGGCAGGCGGGAAGGCGAAAACGCACAUGGUGUGUUUUUCUGUGGCGAGCAUCGUGUUUGGAGCUAAACUGAUGCAUUUAGACCGAAACCAAACUGAUUCUGCCACGAGAUUUUGAACACCCAACAUCCAGAGGUUAAUGAUGGAAGUAGAGAGCCAAACACAGACUCCUGGUUCUGUUACUGAAACAUGUGUUAUGAUAAACCAUGAGAGAAACCUGAGGGAAACAGGUGAUCUCAAGACACCAUCUGUUACUGACAAACAGGAAACAGGUGAUCUCAAGGCACCAUCUGUUACUGACAAACAGGAAACAGGUGAUCUCAAGACACCAUCUGUUACUGACAAACAGGAAACAGGUGAUCUCAAGGCACCAUCUGUUACUGACAAACAGGAAACAGGUGAUCUCAAGACACCAUCUGUUACUGACAAACAGGAAACAGGUGAUCUCAAGACACCAUCUGUUACUGACAAACAGGAAACAGGUGAUCUCAAGAAACACAAAGAUUUUGUGCGGCUGGCAAAACAGUUCCAGUGUAGUGAGUGUGAUGAAACUUUUGAAAGAUCACGUGACAUGCUGGUGCACAUGAGGAUUCACAGUAAUAUCCAACCUUAUCAAUGUGUGGUAUGUGACAAAACAUUUAGACGGUCACUCAGCCUGAAGUCACACAUGAGAAUUCACACUGGAAUCAAGCCACAUAAGUGUGUUGAAUGUGGAAAAACAUUUAGACGGUCAGACACUCUGCAGGUACACAUGAGGAUUCACUAUGGAAUCAAGCCGCAUAAGUGUGCUGAAUGUGGGAAAACAUUUACACAAUCCGAUAUUUUGAAGGAACACAUGAAAAGUCACCAUGAAAUCAAGUGCAUUGUGUGUGAGAAAACAUUUUCACGACCAGAUAAUCUGCAGGUACACAUGAGGAUUCACUGUGGAAUCAAGCCUUAUAAAUGUGUUGAAUGUGAGAAAACAUUUACAGUAUCAGCUAGUCUGCGGAGACACAUGAACAUUCAUGCUGGAAUCAAGCCUUGUAAAUGUGUUGAAUGUGGGAAAACAUUCUCACAAACAGGUACUCUGCUGAUACACAUGAGGAUUCACAAUGGAAUCAAGCCUUAUAAGUGUGUCGAAUGUGAGAAAACAUUUACACAAUCAGAUACUCUGCGUAAACACAUGAAGACUCACAGUGGAAAUAAACCUUAUAAGUGUGUUGAAUGUGGGAAAACAUUUUCACGAUCAAAUACUCUGCAUAAACACAUGAGGAUUCACAGUGGAAUCAAGCCCUAUAAGUGUGUUGAAUGUGGGAAAACAUUUUCACAAUCAGAUACUCUGCAUGAACACAUGAGGAUUCACAGUGAAAAUAAACCUUAUAAGUGUCACAUGAGGAUUCACAGUGGAAUCAAGCCCCAUAAGUGUGUUGAAUGUGGGAAAGAAAUUGGAAAAUCGUGUAAUAUUAAGAGGCACAUGAGAAUUCACAGUGCAAUCAAGCCUUAUCAGUGCAUCGUGUGUGAGAAAAGAUUUUCACAAUCAGAUUCUCUGCAGAGACACAUGAGGAUCCACAGUGGAAUUAAACCUUAUAAGUGUGUUGAAUGUGGGAAAACAUUUACACAUAAAGGUAGCCUGGAGACGCCAUAUGAGGAAUAAUAGUAUCAACUGAUUGAGUUGAGUUGAUGGAUUUUUUAAUCAGUGUAACAAGUUCAACAGAUAAACACAUGACUGAAUCAG